UUUACCACAUGUCUACUGUUCCUGAGCUGAAAGGCUUGCAUUGCAGUUUGAACUGUUGGAGCAUCUACUGCAGAAUAAGCUGUCUGCAUUCCAAGAGCUUAGAAUUAUUUAUGUAGCAGGCUUCAGACUCGUUAGCCUAUUACAUAUUUUUCUUGCUCAGUUACAAGCAGCCUAAACAAAAGGAUUUCUCUGCAAAGCAUUCACCUCUCAUGCAUACAGAAUGAAGCCAAGACUGGAAACUCUUGUACUGGUUGUGGCCCUAGUCACUCUGACAAUGUCAUCGCCAUCAAACACUGACCCUCGGUUAGAACCCCACUCAACAGUACUACGCAGAUCAAGAAGAGAGACUGCCAACGCCACUCAAAUUAGAGAGAUUUUACUCGACCUGUUGGCAGAAGAAGAUGUCAGAGAAGUGAUAGUAGGACCUCCAGGAAGGAAGGGAAUUCCCGGACCCCCAGGAGUAACAAACAUAACAGAAGGACCUAUAGGACUACCAGGCCGUAAAGGACUGCCUGGUGACCCAGGAGAGGAUGGGCCAGCUGGCAGGAAAGGUGUCCCUGGAGAUCCAGGAGCUAAUGGAGUACCUGGAGAACCAGGCAGAAAAGGCACACCAGGAACAGAUGGAGUACCCGGAACACCAGGAUACAACGGAACAAAUGGAAUUCCAGGUGUUCAAGGUCCACCCGGUAGGAAGGGUAUCCCUGGACCAGCUGGAGUCCCUGGUCUGAAUGGUAGCAGUGGAGAGCCUGGUCUCCCUGGUGAUAGCGUUAUGGGCCCCCCCGGGAGGAAGGGGAUACCUGGAGUUCCUGGUGAUCCAGGUAGGAAGGGAUCACCUGGGGUUAAUGGAGUACCUGGAGCUCCUGGUAUCAACGGAACAGAAGGACCUGGCGGAAGAAAGGGUCUCCCUGGUGAUCCAGGUGCGCGUGGACCCAUUGGCCCAGAGGGACCAGCUGGAGAGGCAGGGAGGAAGGGCAACCCUGGAGAAGAUGGUGACCCGGGACCCACUGGACCUCAAGGUAUCAGGGGACCAGCAGGAGUUGAUGGCAUACAGGGUCCUAUGGGAUCACCAGGACGCAAGGGCAUCCCUGGAAUACCAGGAGUGAAUGGAGCGCCUGGUACAAAUGGCACCGAUGGUAUUGACGGGACACCAGGGAGAAAAGGAACACCAGGAGAGAAUGGAUUCAAUGGAACAAAUGGUGAACCUGGACGCAAAGGUACACCUGGCCCCAUGGGCACUCCAGGUCUACCCGGAGUUCCUGGAAUGAACGGGAAUGAUGGAAUUAUGGGUCCACCUGGUAGAAAAGGUAUACCUGGACCUGAAGGGCCGGGUGGUCGAAAGGGCUUGCCUGGUGAUCCUGGAGAGAUUGGACUGACAGGAGAGAAGGGAGAGGCUGGACGUAAGGGAAAUCCUGGUAUCGAUGGUGAGGCUGGAAUACCUGGAAGAGUGGGACCACCUGGUAAAGAUGGAAUGAAAGGAAUGCAAGGAGCUACUGGCAUAGGGAACCCAGGAAGAACUGGACCUCCAGGCAAGCAAGGAGAGUCGGGUGAGGAUGGAGAGAAGGGAAUGAUUGGACCAAUAGGAAUACCUGGUAUCCAAGGACGCAAGGGAAGCCCUGGAUCAAACGGAGUGCCAGGAGAACCGGGAAUACAGGGACCAUCUGGAAGGAAAGGUGUCCCUGGAGAUGCUGGAAUACCAGGAACCCCAGGCAGCAAGGGAUUUCCCGGUCGCCCUGGUGAUAUUGGAGAGGAUGGAAUACCCGGGGCACAGGGCAGACCUGGUAAAGAUGGCCAAGAUGGGAAACAAGGAGAUCCAGGAAUCCCCGGCUCUACUGGAGUACCAGGGAAACCAGGAGAAGAUGGACCUACAGGACCAGCUGGACCUGACGGUGUUGACGGGAGGAAGGGGCUACCUGGUGACGACGGGCCUCAGGGGCCACAGGGAGAAAUGGGCACACCUGGCAGUAAAGGGCUUCCUGGAAUGAAAGGAAUGAGAGGAAUAGACGGUGUGCCUGGCAUAAAGGGAGUGCCUGGACUUCCUGGGAGCGAUGGGAAAGAUGGCAACGAUGGAAUACCUGGCAGGACGGGGAAACCAGGAGACCAAGGAAUGUCUGGUUCCAAAGGUGUUCCCGGACUCCCUGGACCAGCAGGACCAGCCGGCCCUCAAGGAGAAACAGGCUCUAAAGGAUUCCCGGGUAUGAAAGGACAAUCUGGAAGGAAAGGUUUGCCUGGAGAUCCUGGGCCACAGGGCGUGAAUGGUAUACCUGGUAGCAAGGGCUUCCCUGGACAGAUGGGAGAUAUUGGGCCGGAGGGACCUAGGGGACCGAUCGGACUCGAAGGAAGAACUGGCAAGCCUGGUCUGCCUGGAGCAAAUGGAGAACCUGGAGAUCCGGGUAACGAUGGAGAGACAGGGCGCAAAGGUUCACCCGGAGAUGCUGGUAUUCAGGGGCCAUCGGGGUCCAAGGGUGUGCCUGGCCUACCUGGUAAGGAUGGCAACAACGGAAUCAAGGGAGUGCCUGGAUUGCCAGGUGAUGAUGGAGUACCUGGCAGCAAGGGAGUGCCUGGAAUUAAUGGUGUCCCUGGAGAGAAAGGAGAGUCGGGCAGGAAGGGUCUCCCUGGUGAUGAUGGAGUGCCUGGGACUAUGGGUCUACCUGGUGAUGACGGAGCGGUCGGUCCACAAGGUCCCAUUGGUCCAAUUGGUGACACAGGUCCCCAAGGACCACAAGGAAUACAGGGCCCAAUCGGCACUCCUGGUCAAGAUGGUGUAGAUGGCCGUAAAGGAUUACCUGGCGAUACAGGACCGACUGGUCCCCCCGGACAAGACAGCGAUGUGCCGGGGCCAACUGGACCCCAGGGUCCUCAAGGAAUACCGGGUAAUAUGGGUGAUCGUGGUUUUACUGGAGAGCCUGGUAUCAAUGGUACUAACGGAACACCUGGCCGCAAGGGACCCCCUGGAGAGACUGGUGCACCUGGCAUCGAUGGACCAGAGGGACCCCCUGGGCGGGACGGUGAAACUGGUAGGAAAGGAACACCAGGAGAUAACGGAGAUACAGGACCCCCUGGACAGAAUGGAGCACCAGGAGUUCCUGGUAGGAAUGGUACUGACGGUGUCCCAGGCCCACAAGGUCUCACCGGCCGCAAGGGAUCGCCUGGUUUGAUUGGACCAGUUGGGCCUCAAGGAGAGACUGGCAGGAAAGGAUCUCCUGGUGUCCCAGGCUUCAAUGGAACUCAGGGGCUUCAGGGGAGGAAAGGAGUGCCAGGACUGGCUGGAAGAAAGGGUUUGCCUGGUGACCCAGGUGCUGAUGGUCCAGGUGGUCGGAAAGGUAUCCCUGGAGACAUUGGUUUGCCCGGUAGAAAGGGUCCACCUGGGAUAACUGGUCCGGCUGGUGAGCCUGGGCUGCAAGGAUCGACGGGGAGGAAGGGACCACCCGGUCUCACUGGAGAGAAGGGCAUGAAAGGAAUGCAAGGUGAUACUGGCCCUGAGGGUCCUGCUGGCAGUUCUGGUGUUAGUGGCUCUAAUGGUAAAGAGGGACCUCCUGGAACAACUGGCAACGAUGGGAAGGAUGGACUCAUUGGACGGCCAGGACCUCCAGGUAUACCUGGUGAGAGAGGUGUUAAAGGUGACUCUGGCUCCCCUGGUGAGAUUGGUCUCACUGGGCAAUCUGGCCCUCAGGGUAUAAUUGGACCCCCUGGUGAGGUAGGACCUCGCGGCAUUCAAGGACUACCAGGAAUUCAAACUGAACUAAUCACUCGCCACAGCAGGGGAUCUCUAGUUCCCCCCUGUCCUGUUGGUUCGUCCAGUCUAUGGCAGGGCUACAGCUUGUCCAAGAUUAGCACUCAAACAGUCGAUGAAGACCAAAGUGGAUCUUGUUUAAAGCAGUUCUCACCUCAUUCGCUCUUUUCAUGGAUUAGCUCGAGCGAGACUAAAGACGUGUAUGGAGUGGACGAUGUGUCGAGAUGCAGUGUGUGCUCUGUACCAGGAACAGUGGUGACGGUUCACUCUCAAACAUCCUCGCUUGCUGAGUGCCCUAACACAUGGUCCAGCUUGUGGUCUGGUUACAGCUUCAUCAGUGCAGACAUGGGUAUAACUCUCGACUCACAUGCUUCCUGUUUUGAGGAAUUUCUCUCUGAGUUCUCUGUCAUACAGUGUAAGGGUGUGGGCGGUGCUUGUGAGCAGACUAGUGUAGCUGUGAGCUCGGUGGGCGUGUGGCUGCCUUCGAUUGAGAGUGAAGACAACGGAUUAGUGGCUGGAUCAGAGAAUACGAGUCGUUGUAUCGUUUGUAGGAAAGAGUAGUCAUUUAUUGCACGGACAAACUUUGUAACCACUGUAAUGAUUGUGUGUAUAGCUAACCUAAAACACUUCCAUGUUUCAGUUGAUAUCCAGUAGAUUUUGAACUUUUUUUUUUUUGUAGUAUUCUGAACGACUAUAUAUAAUUCAAUAAUUGUUCACGUAUAAUUAGACGACUUUAUAUCAUAUAUAUAUAUUAUAGCGGU